AUGACACUGGAAAGCGGCCUCUACCACGCCGCGUCCUGUUUGGAACCCAGGACUGACGUGAUCCUGGAGCUGGUGCUGGAGAUGAUCUUCCGUGACUUGCACCCUCUCUCCGUGGUGAAGGACAAAGGGUUCAGGCUCCUCAUUGGGUACCUGGAGCCAAAUUUUACCCUCCCGUCGCCCGUGCAGCUCUCCAGCAUGCUGUGGCACCGGUACAACGUGGUCAAGCAGCACCUGGAGCGCUACUUGCAGACAGCUCAGGCCAUCGUGGUCUGCAUGGAGUUCUGGGUUUCCCAGCUCAACCAGACUUACCUGACCGUCACGGCCAACUUCAUCAACGGGGAGUGGCGGCGGGUGCGGUGCGUCAUGGAGACGCAGCAAGCGCACAAAGACAAAGCGGAGGAGGGCGAUUUAGGGGAGAAACUGUCCGCCGUCCUCUCCGAAUUCAGCUUGUCCAGCAAAUCAGUCUUCUGUGUUAUGCACGACAACCCGCAGAGCACGGCAGCAAACUCGCAGCAGCUGAAGAACACCAAGCUGGAAGCCAUCAAUAAAACCAAACUGAAAUUGGUGAUGGAUGUGGGCUCUCGCUGGAUAACCACCAUCGAAAUGUGCAAGAGUCUCUUAGACCUGAAGUGGGCCAUCAUGUCCGUGCUGGAGGGACACCCCAAGGGCACAGCGGCCAUCCAGAAUUUGGCCGACCACCAGUGGAAACUCCUGCAGGACCUGGUACCGGUCAUGAGGACGAUCAAGAUCGCGAUGUCCUUCCUGUGUGAGGAGCAGAACAUGUCCGUAUUGUCUCUGAUGCCUUGCAUCCACAGGAUCGUCACCGCCAUCGGACAGCAGUCAGAAGAGGCUGGCGCCGUCAUCAAGACAGUGGUAGGCAACAUCAGGUCAGAACUGACACAGCGCUGGGGAUUGUCAGAGGAUGAGAAAGUGCUAGAAAGUCCAGCAGUUAUUGCCUCUUUUUUGGACCCGCGCUUCAAGGAGAUGAGGUUUCUCAGCCCCAGCCUGAGAAGCGAGCUGCACAAGAGAGUCAAAAACAUGCUGUCGCAGAUCUUCAAUCACCAGUCCCCAUCUGCUACCCAGUUUUGGAUGCCAAACUCAGAUUAUAAAGCCGAUGGUGGAGAUGCAGGCAGCCAGCUGUCUGCUCACAAGGACAGAUGCUCAAGCACCCCGUCACAGAGCAUGUACGACAUCCUUUUGGGGAAGGACCCAACAGAGAGCAUGCCCGAGAUCCACCAACAACUGGAAAACUACAUCGUGGAGCCUCUCCGCAAGCGCAGCACCAACCCGCUGGACUGGUGGAAGAACAAUGAGCAUCGCUUCCCAGCCGUGGCACGGCUGAGCCGGCAGUACCUCGCCAUCCCAGCAACCGCCAUGCUGCCCAACCAGGCCUUCACCACCAGCGAAAGCACCAUGGAGCAUCGGCGAGCCGUCCUGGCGCCGGAGAACCUGGACCAAAUUCUGUUCCUACAUCAAAAUUUUGACUUUUUAGAAUUGAUGAGAAACAGUAGCGAGACUCGGAACAGAACUCUGCGCUGA